AUGUUUGAUGUGAGAUUUGUCGAAACGGACGAAGACAUUGACUUUUCUCAAAUUCCAUUUGAUGUUACAGUUCCUCAUAUUUUAAGAUUUCCGGUGUCAUCUAAUAUCUCUGAAAACGGAACCGGGCAGUCCGACGUUGGAACGUUUCUCUUCUAUCCGUUAGGAUUUCUAUACGUUAAAUCUCCACUUGAAAAAGCGUCGUCGUCUGCAAAGAAAAAAUAUGAAAAUAUAAUGAAGCAAAUGGAAAUCGUUAAAGGAAUGAUAGUUGUUGUCGUGAUUCGUCUUGAUAUUUCACUUUAUAAGCAAGAUAAAAUGUUUGAAUCGUCUACACUUCCUAGUUUUAAAAUCGUUCCUAAUUCGUCUGGUGUGAAGAUUAAAGAUAUGAGUAUUGUACUGCAAAACAGUGAAGAAAGCGAAGAUAUGGUGAUUAAAUUAGAUUAUUUUCCCGCAAUUACCACACCUGGAAUCACGUGCUACAAAAUCACGAAUAAUGAGGAUUUCGAUUCGGGUAAUAUGGAUGAUGAAGAUAUGAGUUGCACCUCUGGUGAUGACGAUUAUGAUUGUUGUGAUGACGAUUACUAUAACGACUGUGAUCUUGACGCCACCGAUGAAGUCGCGGUGACAUCAACUCAUUCCGAAGACGCCAAAUUUGAAUGUCUAGAAGUUUCUCAAGUUGAGCGAUUAAUGGCGGAUUCGGUGAAAAUAGUCACAAAUUUUUUGUCCAUAAACGAAAACAUUUCACGUAUGCUUUUACAUGCGAAUUCUUGGGACAUUGAUUUAGUUAUAAAUAUGUGGAGAAAAAACAAAUCGGAGUUGUUUCGGCAAAGUCACAUGGCGGCGAAGCCUGAUUCCAAAUAUGAGCGCCCGAUGAACGGAUACUGUGCAGUUUGUGCCGUUGAUGGGUAUCCGGCAUUACUUUUCCUGGCGUGUGGGCAUUGUUUUUGUGAACAAUGCUGGAAGUGUCAUAUUGAGAGCAGGUUAACUGAAGGAGUUGCUUCGCGCAUUGAGUGCAUGGAAUCCGAUUGCGGGGUUUAUUGUCCUCCGGAAUUCGUUCACCAGCUUCUCGAUAAAGGUCCACUGCGGGCACGAUAUGAUCGUUUUCUUUUUCGUGAUUUAGUUCAAUCUCAUCCGGAGCUCAAGUUUUGUGUUGGGAAAGAUUGUCAAAUUGUCAUCCGGUCAAAGGAAGAAAAACCGAAACGAGUUACAUGCGAAAAGUGUCACACUUCAUUUUGUGUCACAUGCGGUGUGGAUUACCACGCUCCGACCUCGUGUGAUACAAUAAAGCAGUGGCUGACAAAAUGUGCGGAUGAUAGUGAAACUGCCAAUUAUAUAAGUGCUCACACUAAAGACUGCCCACGAUGCCACAGCUGUAUAGAAAAAGCUGGAGGAUGCAACCACAUUCAAUGUACGAGAUGCAGACAUCAUUUUUGCUGGAUGUGCUUUGGAGAUUGGAAAACUCACGGAAGUGAAUAUUAUGAGUGCAGUCGAUACAAAGAGAAUCCCUCCAUAGCGGCAGAAGCGAAUCACGUCAAAGCUCGGCGGGCACUAGAAAAGUAUUUGCAUUAUUUUGAAAGAUUCGAAAAUCAUUCGAAAUCAUUGAAAAUGGAGGAGCAAUUACGGGAAAAAAUCAAGAAAAAAAUUGAUGACAAGGUUAAUGAGCACAAUGGCACUUGGAUAGAUUGGCAAUACCUUCAUACCGCUGUCAGUCAACUCACCAAAUGUCGUUAUACCUUACAGUAUACGUAUCCCUUCGCCUACUAUAUGCAAUCGGGCCCCCGAAAGCAACUCUUUGAAUACCAGCAAGCUCAACUUGAAAAGGAAGUAGAAGAACUCGCGUGGGCUGUUGAACGAGCUGACGCUACUGCACGCGGAGCCUUGGAGGCGCACAUGCAUCGAGCAGAGCAUAAACGUCAAACGUUGCUUCACGACUUCUUCUUCUAA